UUCCUCACCACCUUCUCAUUCCUCUUUUUUUCACAUUUCACAUCUGUUUGAUGAUCGAAUCAUUCCUAAUUUUUUCCUCAGCCGUGUUGUAAUCGUACAUAUUUUCCGGAAGAGAUCGAGAUGGCAUCCAACGGAAAUGGAAAUGCGAUCGGAAAAGGUAACGGAGUGCCGGCCGGUAGGAACGGACUGCCGAAGAUACAAACGCAGAAGAGACAGAGCGGGAUACGUCAGGAUGACGGUGCAGCGACGGUGAAGGCACAGACUAUCGAUGAGCUGCACUCUCUUCAGAAAAAGAAAUCGGCACCGACAACACCGCUUGACGGUGUUCAAGGUGCUUUUGCAUCUUUGACCGAAGAGGAACGCCACAAACAGCAGCUGCAGUCGAUCAGUGCAUCAUUGGCGUCGCUAACUAGAGAAACCGGACCCAAGUUGGUAAGAGGAGACCCGGCAAGACAGUCGGAAACCCCCAGGGUGUCCCACGCCCCUGACCACCAUUUUGCCCCCACAUUCUCCGCCAGCGACAGUUCUCUCAAAUUCACCCAUGUCCUCUACAAUCUCUCUCCUGCCGAGCUAUAUGAGCAGGCGAUCAAGUAUGAGAAAGGGUCGUUCAUAACAUCCAGUGGUGCAUUGGCUACCUUGUCUGGUGCCAAAACUGGUCGCUCUCCAAAGGAUAAGCGUGUGGUUAGGGAUGACACCACUGAGGAUGAGCUCUGGUGGGGAAAGGGUUCACCGAAUAUCGAGAUGGAUGAGCACACCUUCUUGGUUAACAGAGAAAGAGCCGUCGAUUACUUAAAUUCCUUGGACAAGGUAUUUGUCAAUGAUCAAUUCUUGAACUGGGAUCCAGAGAAUCGAAUCAAAGUACGAAUUGUGUCUGCUAGAGCUUACCACUCUUUGUUCAUGCACAACAUGUGCAUCCGACCCACACCUGAAGAGCUGGAGAAUUUCGGUACUCCGGACUUCACUAUUUACAAUGCUGGCCAGUUUCCCUGUAAUCGUUAUACACACUACAUGACAUCAUCCACUAGCAUAGAUUUAAAUCUUGGUAGACGAGAAAUGGUCAUCCUCGGCACACAGUACGCCGGGGAAAUGAAGAAAGGUCUCUUUGGUGUUAUGCAUUAUCUCAUGCCUAUGCGUCAAAUCCUCUCCCUUCAUUCUGGAUGCAAUAUGGGCAAAGAUGGAGAUGUUGCUCUCUUCUUUGGUUUGUCAGGUACUGGAAAGACAACAUUGUCUACUGAUCACAACCGAUACUUGAUUGGAGAUGAUGAGCAUUGCUGGAGUGACAAGGGUGUGUCAAAUAUCGAAGGUGGUUGUUAUGCCAAGUGCAUUGAUCUUUCGAGGGAGAAAGAACCUGAUAUCUGGAAUGCCAUUAAAUUCGGGACUGUGCUGGAAAAUGUUGUAUUUGAUGAGCACACUAGGGAGGUGGAUUAUCUAGACAAAUCUGUCACAGAGAAUACUCGUGCAGCAUACCCCAUCGAGUACAUCCCCAAUGCCAAGAUCCCAUGUGUUGGUCCACACCCGAAGAAUGUUAUUCUCUUGGCAUGUGAUGCAUUUGGUGUACUCCCACCAGUGAGCAAGUUAAACCUUGCUCAGACCAUGUAUCACUUCAUCAGUGGCUAUACUGCGCUGGUGGCCGGCACCGAGGAGGGUGUAAAGGAGCCACGUGCAACAUUUUCAGCCUGCUUUGGCGCAGCAUUCAUCAUGUUACAUCCCACAAAAUAUGCCGCAAUGCUUGCUUCCAAAAUGGAGAAACAUGGUGCUACCGGAUGGCUUGUUAACACCGGCUGGUCAGGCGGCAGCUAUGGUGCUGGGAGCCGUAUGAAGUUGGCAUACACUAGGAAAAUCAUAGAUGCCAUUCAUUCCGGAAAACUCUUGACUGCAAACUACAAGAAAACCGAAGUGUUUGGGCUGGAGAUCCCAACGGAGGUCGAGGGUGUGCCUUCAGAUAUUCUUGAUCCAGUGAACACUUGGUCGAACAAGAAGGCGUAUAAGGAGACUCUGCUGAAGUUGGCUGGGCUGUUCAAGAACAAUUUUGAGGUGUUUAUGAACCACAAAAUUGGAAAGGAUGCUAAGCUGACUGAGGAAAUUGUUGCUGCUGGUCCCAACUUUUAAUGUAUCUGUUGUGUUGAAGAAAGAAGCGAGUGGCUACAGAAAUGAUCAAUAACAUGCAACAGAUGUAUAUUAAUCUAGUUGUAUGUGUUUAAUUGCUUUUAGAGUAGCAGUUAUUGCCAUUUUGUACUUGGGUUUUAAGGUUUAUAUCUAAUCAAAAAAGCUCUUCACUUCCCA